GCCUUUGUAGUUGGAUUUAAACGUUAAAGAACUAAAACUGAUAUAUUUCCAAAUGAGUUCUAAAGUUUAGUACUUAAACAUGUUUUCUUAUUGGGGAAAAAAAACGAAAAAGUGCGAAGAAAUGCAUACUAAAGACCCAGAUUCAAAUGCUGUAUUUAUUGAACAAUCGGUUAAUGUUAAGGAUCUUUGUGAAGGAGCGGAACAAAAUCCAAUACAAAGUGUAAAUGCUAAAUCAUUGUCACCGUCUUCAGACGAUCGGCUUGCGGAAUUUCAAGAAUUUUUAAGACGUGUCCAAACACUGCAGAUGUCAUCAUGUCACCCAACCCAAAAUCAAGAACUGUCUGAAAAGAAUUCUUUAGGAAUCCCGACAAUCGAAGUCGGUGUAGAGCCAUCAUCAUUAAUGGAGUUUGACGAAAGCAAUACUGUUCCACUAAUCAGCAAUACAGAUACUAAGCGAAGUGUUCCAAAAACAACGAAUAUUCGUGUUACUGUUGGUAUAGAUAAGGAUUUGGAAAUGAUUCUCGAAAUGGAUCCAAGUAUUGUAGACUUGGGUGAUGAAAUAGUUGGAGUUAGAGAAACCACAGAUACCCGAGUUGUCGGAUUGCCACCACUAACGGGUGGACCAACUUUUAAAACCGCAACGCCCACGUCUCGUACUCAACUUAAGCUGCAGCUCCAACGCGAACAACAGCAAGAACAGCAGAUGUUAAUGCAUCAACAGCAGGAUGCAGUAAUCCAAAACAACGCGCUCCAAAGUAUGGCCAACGAUUGCAUGGAAUCUGAAGUUAUUGAUAGCACUGGCACCAGUGCAUGUGGCAGUGGAUCAUCAAGCUUUGAACAAUCACAAUUAAAUCAUAAAGAUCGAUUACCUGUCUCCAGUCCAGUUACUCUCAAAGUGCCUUUGCAAAGCAUUGGUGUCGAUGUUCCUCCUCAAGUGCUACAGGUUAGUACUGUGCUUGAGAAUCCAACUAGGUACCAUGUCAUUCAAAAACAAAAAAAUCAAGUGAGGCAAUAUCUUAGCGAAUCGUUCAAACCAUCGGCGUGGAGUUGCCAACAUUUUGAAAAUAAAUUAGAAAAUACUUCUGCGUCGACUGGGAAUCUACAAUGCACCUCGAUGAUUAAUAAAAAUGACCGACCAAAUAGCUUUGGAGGUGACGCUGUUUUGCGCAAAUCGAUGCACUCAGACUCGGACUCCAUUCAAUUGUCCCCCUUCGUUGGCACUACUAGUAGUAGCUGUACCAGCAACGGCAACUGCAAUUCCAGUUUCUUUGGCACCGCUAGCACCAUGGACUACCAAAGUUCACCCUUAAAUGGUGGAGGAGCUGUUUCUUCGGGCAAAACGAAUUUAACAAUUAACCGAACUUGUGGCCUAGUUAAUUCAAUUCGCAUAUCGAACAUUCCGGGAGUGAAUACACCGAGUCCUCUGCAAUCUACAUCGGCCCCAAUGUCCCCAAGUCUAAGCUCAGUCGCAACAAGCGCUUCAGAGCUGCCCUCAUUUGAUAGCGACGCAGAGGAUCUCUUUGACGACAUUCUGCAAAACGAUUCUUUCAAUUUUGAUAAAAAUUUUAGUUCGGAGUUAUCAAUUAAACAGGAGCCACAAAAUUUGACAGAUGCCGAAAUCAACGCGUUGGCUAAGGAUCGGCAGAAAAAAGAUAAUCAUAAUAUGAUCGAACGACGGCGUCGCUUUAACAUAAAUGAUAGGAUCAAAGAGCUAGGCACACUACUGCCCAAGGGCAGUGAAGCUUUCUACGAAGUUGUACGUGAUAUUCGUCCAAAUAAGGGUACGAUUCUCAAAUCCUCUGUCGAUUACAUCAAAUGCUUAAAGCACGAAGUAUCCCGUUUAAGACAAAAUGAAUCCAGACAACGCCAAAUGGAACUUCAAAACCGAAAACUUACUUCACGCAUACGGGAAUUGGAAAUGCAGGCCAAAUCCCAUGGCAUCCCUAUGUCUGAAUACAAUCUGACAUCAGCAUCGGCGCCAACAUCAUCAGCCAUCUCCAUGGCGUAUCUUAAGGGCUCGCGCUCCAUUCCUUCACCCUUGUCAACUUCCAUGUUGCAAAACCGCCACUCCACUGCUGGUCAAAUGGAGGAAGUCAUCGAGAGUACGAUUCCAUUAAUUAGUAACGAUCGUAACAUGGGCUUAAAUCAAAUUGAUGAGCUGAUGAUGGAAGAUUGUAAACAUCCUGUACAGGGAGGAGAUCCAAUGCUCUCCUCUCAUAGCAGUCAUUUGCUAUCGUCACCGCAUUCCCCUAUUUCAACACAGUUGCAACAGUGUUGCAAUAGCUUUGGAGCGAAGACAACAGCUAUUCAGCAGCUUAGUUGUGAACAAUUGAAUGAUGGAGUGCAAUUUGACGGUGUUGAAAAACACUCUAGUCAUCAAUCAAGGCGAGGAGAGCACCAGCGUCUACACCAUCAUCACAGCGAGCAUAAUGGUGCUCCAUUUAAUAUGCUCAAUGAGUGUGAUUCUUCUGGUGGACACGACCCGUUACUUUCAUCAUCGCAACGGUCGCAUGGUGGAGGGGUGGAUGAUGACGAGCAGCAGGUGGACUUAGCAGGCUCAAUAAUGAAUGGUUCACUAUCUUCAUUGGUGGAUGAGUCAACCCACAGCGAGCCCAUGCUCUUAACGCCAGAUACGUUAGAUAUUGACCACAUCGGAGACUAGGAAGCUGCCAAAUCAUUAUAAUUUGAACUAAAACAAAUGCGAACUAGUUUAGUAUUAUAUCACUUGCAUCCUAGAGUGUUGCAUGAAUUAGGUGUAUAUAUUGGCAUAAGUAUUAUGAAAACAUAUUAUGUUUUAUCUUUUGUAUUACCUAUAUGAUGUUACUUCACAAAGACAAGAGAGAUCACAUUUCAAAUCAAUUAAUCAAUCAUACAAGUGUAUUUACAAGCCCAUACUAUUGCAUUCCAAUAUUAAAUCAAAAUAGCCAGAUAUAAUUUAUAAAUAUGCUUGUCAUUAAAUAUAUAUUCAUGUAAAUAUAUAUUUAUAUAUAUAUAUAUAUAUUUUGUUGCAAUAUUUAAUUUAAAUCUAUGUUAAAGAUAUUACAUGUUACAGUCCUCAAAGCCACCAAUGUAAUAAAUACACUGUUUUGUUUUUUUUUUCUUUUUAGUGAAAAGUCAUACAUUUGUUAAGCAACCAAUGCUACGUAUAUUUUUUUACUGUUUUUUUAUGCGUAGUUGGAUACUGUUGAUUGUUAAAAGAAAAUAAAAUGUUAGCCAAUUUA